AUGAAGCGCAGAAACGGGAGCGACAGGGGCAGAGGGAAUCCUAGGGCUGCAGGGGAUGGCAGAGCUGCACCGGCUUCUGCGAAUCCGUCCCUCGCCCUCACUGUGUCUCCCUCCUAUUUUCCCUCACAGGACAGCUGGUGCAACAGCACUGGUGCAGGUCUGCCAGAAGUAAGCAGCGUGAGCGGCAGCGGUGGUGGUGGUAGGGGUGCAGAGCAGGGCGGGGGGCAGCAGCAGCAGCAGCAUGGCAGAGCUGCAGCAGUGGACCACCUCCGAGGGGAGGGCAGGCGCGGGGGGAAGGGGGCAUCAAGCAACAAGCUGUGGCUGUGCAACGAGCUUCAUGGGGAGAGCUUCAUGCUUCAAGCAACAAAGGAGGCGCCAUAA